AUGGAAAUUGCUUCUGACGAAGAAGGAAAUAACGCAAAUGGAAAGAUCAAUAGAAGCCCAUCUAACUGUGAUAACUUUUCGGAGGUAUCCUCCGAGUCGAUUUUUGGUGCAAGGAAAAGCGGCGACAAUCGUGAUGGCGAUCCCCGCGAUGGUGACCAUGGUGAUAUUGCAUAUGGGAGCCCCCUGGGGGGCUCUCCUCACGCUGCCACUAGCGAAGGUGUAAGCUUCUACGAUGUGGAAGGCGUAAGUGGGGCAAAAGGACAUUCAGAGGGGAAAUUCAACAGUGAGGAGGAAGGCUCGGAGGGACGCUCGGGGUAUCACUCUGGGGAACGCUCGGAGGACCUGCUAAAAGGGAAUGUUUACGAAACGGGGGUGCUACCCCGUGACGAAAUGUACAAUUCCUACACAGAUGACGAGUUGGAAAAGUUCUUUGAGGAUGAAGAGAAGGAAGUGGACGGAAUGAACAACAAAUCUGCGCAUGUAAUGCAGGGAGACCGCUUAGGAGCAGACACUUCUGCUUCGAUAAAAGGUGGGACAUGGCUACCAAGAGGGGACGACAGCAAUUUUUUAAGGGAAGAAGAAUACGAAAAUUUUUACAGCAACCAGGAUUUUUCCCCCUCGGUACAUGGCGAAGAGGGCGGAAUGAAACCAUCUAAUGAACAUAACGAGGAAGGGUCAGACAGCUCCUCCCACAAUAACAUCGUUAUGAAUAAAAGUUACGAGGGAAACUUUACGUUGGGGAAUAAGAAGCUGACGUUAAAUACGGACGUCACGGACCCCAUAGAUUUGGGAAACGGACCGAAUGACGAUUUGUCCUUUAUGAGCAACUCGUCACACAGUGCUGCGAGGUCGAAUUUGGUGGAGGAUGAGAAAAAGGGGGCGUCAGGGGGGAGUGACUCUGCGGGGGGAAAUAUCAACAGCGCGAAGGGAGACAAUAAUGGCGAUGUUGGGGAGGGUGAAGGUGACCCUGAGGGGAAAAACCAAAACGAGACGGUGAAGGAAGAAAAAGUAAAGCGCGAAGAUGGAGGUAGCAACUCCUACGAAGGGGAGACAUCAAAAAAUGAAAUUUCUCAGGGGAGCGAGUUGGGUAGUCCACAAAAGGAUGACAUCACAAGAACGAAUAAGGAUGAGGAGAAGGAAAGACCCAAUUUGUGUGAUGCGAAAAACGAAGAUGAUGAAAAAGACGAAGUGGAAAGUGAAAAGUUGAAUAAACUGGACAGUGUACACUAUUUUGAAAAUAAAGAAUCCCAAGAGAGUGCAAACAAUUCAAAAUUUUUAUUUAAGAAAAAGAAAAUUCAUGAAGAUCAAAGCACCCCCUUGUGGUAUAAACACAAAAGGCACUUUUUUAUUUUCACCUAUUCGGGGAAACCAGUCUUUACAAGAUAUGGAAAUGAAGAAAAUUUGACGAGUUUUUAUGGGACGCUGUUAGCAAUUAUAUCAAAAAUUGAGUCGUUUUCCUUUUCAGAUUUUAGCACAGAUACAAAGACAGAUAAAAGGGGCACAGGAAUGUACACAAAAAAUUCUUUAAAAUGUAUUAUAAGUAAAAAUACCAAGGUGGUUUAUCUGGACAAGGAAGUCUUAUGUUUAGUUUGCAUUUCCAAGGCUAAUGAGAGUACGAACUACAUUUUGCAGAUUUUGAAUUAUAUGUAUUUUCAAAUUAUAUCUUUAUUAACCAAAAGUAUUGAAAAAUCUUUUCAAAUAAAACCAUCAUUUGAUAUAAGGUAUUUGCUGGACGGCGCUGAUGUCCUCAUGUGCAAUUUAAUAUCUUCAUGCUCUAGAAAUAUGUAUUCCAUUUUUGAUGGUUUUGAGCCCUUGCCAUUAAAACAGGAGUAUCGGAACAAAAUUCACAAUUUGAUUUCAUCCUUCAAAAUUAACAACGUCUUGUUGUCCUUCUUAAUUGUGCAUGAUAAAAUUAUAGGCAUAUCUGUAUCGAAGUAUGCUAUCCACUCGAUGGACGUGAUAAUCCUCAUCAAUAUGAUAACGUCCAUGAAGUCCUUUAAGAAUGCCGAGUCGUGGACGCCCAUUUGCCUGCCCAUUUAUAACCCAAACCUUUUCCUGUACGCCUACAUCAACUACAUUAGGAAAAAAAUCUGCUGCGUGUACAUCUGCUCGCAUGCGUCGUCCCGAGACUUUUUCCACCUCUCCAGACACACCUCCAUGAUUGAAACGGUUACUGAAAGAUGCAACAAAGAUGCAACAAAAAUGAUGAGCGUUGACUCCGGUUGCUACGACGAAAUUGUGAAGGCGUCAGACAACUCCCCAUUCGCGCUCCCAGAAAUCCCGGGCAUCGACAUCAUCCACGUGUGCUACUACAUCCCAUACCUAAAGCAGUAUUAUAGCUCCAAAAUUAGCCUCGAUAAGGUGAAAAGAAUUUUCAGAGUGUACCAAAAGUGUGACGACAUAUUAAGAGAUUCAAAAUUACCUGCACAAAUAUACCUGGAAGCGGAGUAUGAAAAAUUCUACUGCAUCAAAACGAAUCUAUACCAUUUGUAUUUGUCCGUCCCGUUUCACGUCGAGGUGAACGAUGAUAAUAUCAAUGAGAUUUUAAAAGUUAUAGCGGCGCACCAUAAGGAGAUAUUUAUUAACAACAUAAAGCAGAUUACUUCGUAA